GCUAUUGCUAUUAGUUAGAGGGCUUGUGUUGAAAAAGGCUUAUACUGACAAAACCUAACAACUCAAUGUUUUUGCUUUGCAGAGACCCACAAUGUGGCUGGUUUGGGUGGUGAUAUGCUUAAUCCAGCAAGCAGUGACCGCAGAGAAAUCUAUAAAUGGAAGAUAUUUGAAUCCUGAACAUUUGAUGAACAUUAGUGAAAUCAUACAAUAUUGGAGAUACCCUAGUGAAGAGUAUGACAUCCUGACAAGUGAUGGCUAUUAUCUCAAAGCAAACAGAAUUCCUCAUGGAAUACACAGUCCUGAAAAGACAGAGUCUAAACCAGUUGUGUUACUGGUAUCGGGUAUUCUGACUGAAGGAAGAUCUUGGCUCAUCAAUCUUCCCACCCACAGUCUGGGAUUUGUUCUAGCAGAUGCUGGCUAUGAUGUAUGGAUAAUAAAUAACAGAGGAACUACCUGGUGUAGAAGGCACCAGACCCUAACUGUUGACCAAGAAGAAUUUUGGGAUUUCAGUUUUCACGAAAUGGCAAUUUAUGAUAUUCCUGCAGCUAUAAACUUUAUUCUACAUAAGACAAAGCAGGAUAGUUUAUAUUACAUUGGCCAUUCUCAAGGAGCUUCAAUGGGUCUUAUUGCUUUUUCAGCCUUCCCACAGCUUGCUCAGAAAGCAAAGCUUUUAAUGUGCCUUGCACCUCCCUACACAUUGACGGACGUCAAGGGAGUAGUAAAAUAUGUCUUACUCCUUCCCUACAAAGUUAAAAGGUUAUUAUGGGGAACUAAAGACUUUACUAUUCUGGACGACAGAGCAAAAAACAUUAAUGCCAAUCUAUGCAGCUACCCAGGAUUGAACAAGAUUUGCAUCCAAUUACUUCUGUCUGUUGCGGGUUUUAAUAAAAACAAUAUAAAUAUGAGUCGAGCCGAUCUUUUUUUUGAAACUUACCCUGAUGUUUCUUCUAUGAAAACUCUAUUUCAUUGGACCCAGAUUUUUGAAUCAAAUGAAUUUAAACAUUUUGACUACGGAAACCAGAACAAAGCUAUAUACAACAUGACCAAGCCCCCGUUUUAUAAAAUCGAAGAUGUAACUGUGCCAACAGCUGUUUGGAGUGGUGGGAGUGACUUCAUUGUGAAUCCAGAGAAUAUCAAUCAUCUGCUCCCACGACUUCCUAACUUAGUUUUCCAUAAGAAUAUUCCUAGCUGGCACCAUGCCGAUUUUAUCUGGGGCCUUGAUGCCUCAAAACACCUGUAUGAGGAUAUUUUCCGUCUAAUGCAGAGCUAUAGAUAAAUGUAGAUGGACAUUUUCUCUGGCAGUAGAGGAUAACAACAUUUGGAAUUCGAUGUAGAAAAUAAACAGUUUAUAUUUUCCAAAUUAGUUUUGAAAUGCUGCUAUCCCCUUUUUGUCAGAAAAUGUCUUCCAGGCGCCUUUUGCUGAAAGCAAAAGAGGAGGGAAAGUAAUAGAAAAACAGAGAAGAAGAAAAAAUAAAAAGAAGUAGAUUCUCGUCUUCUCUACAGCAAUUAUAAAUACAAUUGUAAAUUUACCUCUUACUCUAAGGGCACAGCUCAACUAUCUUUUUUUUCUAUGAUCCAUCCUGUCUAAUUGUCAACAUCAUAAGUUAUAAGUUCAUUUUUUUCUGCUUCAAGACAAAAGUCCAUAAGGGUUUCCACUUAGUAACGAAUGCUAGAUAUUGUCAGAACCUCUCCAUUAGAUAAUUAGGA